AUGGCCUGGGCCAUCCACGCGCUGGUCGGCCUGCUGGGCACCGGCUCCUGGGCGGCCAUCAACGGCGUGUGGGUGGAGCUCCCGCUGCUGGUGCCCAGCGCCCCCGAGGGCUGGCUCCUGCCCUCCUGCCUGACCGUCAUCAUCCAGCUGGCCAACGUGGGGCCGCUGGCCGUCACGCUGGCACACCGCCUCCGCCCCGGGUGGCUAGACGAGGUGGGGGCCAUCUACGCCCUCCUCGGCCUCGGGGGCCUGGCCUGCCUGCUGCUGGCCUUCCUCUGGCAGCAGACCAGCGUGGUGGGGGGCCACCCGCGCAGCACCGCCCUCCUCGCCCUGCUCUUCUUCCUGGCCCUGGUGGACUGCACCUCCUCCGUCACCUUCCUGCCCUACAUGCGGCGGCUGCCGCCCCAGUUCCUCACCACCUACUUCAUCGGGGAGGGGCUGAGCGGGCUGCUGCCGGGGCUGGUGGCCCUGGGGCAGGGCGCCGGUGCCCUCCGCUGCGUGAACGGCAGCCGGGCGGGCAAUGACACCGGCACCAGCCUGCGGGCGGAGUAUCUGGAGGCCCGCUUCUCCGUCCGCGCCUUCUUCCUCUUCCUCGGCGGCAUGAUGGCCACCUCCCUGGCCGCCUUCGUCCUCCUCAACGUCCUGCCGGCGGCCCGGCGGGAGCGAGCGCAGGAGGCACCCCAGGGGCAGCCACGCGUGGAGGGGGCGGGAGGCGCGCCCCCCGCAGUGGAAGAGCAGCCCAUGAUGGGGCCGGCCCCCGAGCCACGCAAGGGCCGCCCCCUCGGCCGCCCCACCUAUUCCUGGCCCCAGAUGGGCUUCGUGUUCAGCCUGCUGGCCUGGGUGAACGGCCUCACCAACGGCGUGCUCCCGGCGGUACAGUCCUACUCCUGCCUGCCCUACGGCGCCCCCGCCUACCACCUCUCUGCCACGCUGGCCGCCCUGGCCAACCCACUAGCCUGCUUUCUCGGCAUGUUCCUGCCCAACAGGUCCCUGCUGCUCCUGGGCGGCCUGUCCUUGGCCGGGAGCCUCUUUGCUAGCUACCUGCUGGCCACGGCCGCGCUCAGCCCCUGUCCGCCGCUGGUGCACAGUCCCGUCGGGGCCGGCCUCGUUGUCGUGUGCUGGGUCCUCUUCGUGGGCCUCCUCUCCUACGUAAAGCUGAUGAUCGGGGUGAUCCUGCGCGACGAGGGCCACAGCGCCCUGGUCUGGUGCGGGGCCGUGGUGCAGCUCGGCUCCAUGGUGGGGGCGCUCACCAUGUUCCCGCUGGUCAGCGUCUACAGCCUGUUCCGCUCCGGGGACGCCUGCAACACCCGCUGCCCCGGCUAG